ACCCAAUCCAUCCACACACUUUCUCUCUCCAUAAACGCAACACAACAGAAGUAGUAGGUGGAAAGCAAUGUCCCUUCCUCUUUUCUCUAUCUAACCGCUAAAACCUUUUUUUUUUCUUCCUCUCUUACAUCUCGCGGCGGAGACACGGAGGAAUCCUGCGACGGCUGAUCGGUGGCACUGUUGUUGUUUCCUUUGAGUGAGAGGAGAUAGAGAGAGAGAGGAGACUUUGGUUUGGUGAUGAUUGUUUGUCUCUUUCUAUUGUAUAAUCGAAACCCUAUCAAUUGGAUCUGAGAUUAUGCUGUUGAGGCAAUGGAUGCUUCUUUAGCGGCUUUGGAGCGGCCACGAGGUGCUGCUUCUAAUACGGUUUAUAAGAGUGGUCCACUUUUCAUAUCCUCCAAAGGAUUAGGCUGGACGUCUUGGAAGAAACGCUGGUUCAUCCUCACACGUAUUUCGUUGGUCUUCUUCAAAAAUGAUCCUGCUACACUACCACAAAAGGGUGGUGAAGUUAACUUAACCCUUGGUGGCAUCGACUUGAAUAACUCUGGAAGUGUUGUGGUGAGAGAGGAUAAGAAAUUGUUAACGGUAUUAUUUCCUGAUGGGCGUGAUGGGAGAGCUUUCACUCUUAAGGCUGAGACAUUUGAAGAUCUGUAUGGCUGGAAAACUGCUCUUGAGCAGGCUCUUGCACAAGCCCCUAAUGCAGCACUCACCGUGGGUGAUAAUGGAAUGUUCCGUGCUGAAAAUAAUGAGGCUGUCGAAGGGCGGGAUAAACGUCCAUUAAAAUCCUUGGUUGUUGGAAGACCAAUAUUACUUGCUCUUGAAGAUAUUGAUGGAAGCCCAUCAUUCCUCGAGAAAGCUCUUCAGUUUAUUGAGAAAUAUGGAACUAAAAUUGAAGGAAUAUUAAGACAGGCUGCUGACGUGGAAGAGGUGGAACGCAGAGUUCAAGAAUAUGAACAGGGCAAAACGGAGUUCACUUUUGAUGAAGAUCCGCAUGUUAUUGGAGACUGCAUUAAGCAUGUGCUGAGGGAAUUGCCUUCUUCUCCGGUUUCAGCAUCUUGUUGUACUGCCCUGCUGGAAGCUUACAGAAUUGAGUCUAAGGAGGCUCGCAUUAGUUCAUUGCGCUCUGCUAUGGCGGAAACAUUUCCUGAACCUAAUAGACGUUUACUACAACGGAUUCUGAAAAUGAUGCAUACGAUCUCGUCUCAUUCCCACGAAAAUCGAAUGAACCCAUCUGCUGUAGCUGCUUGCAUGGCUCCUCUGCUCUUACGUCCUCUUCUGGCUGGUGAAUGUGAUCUAGAGGACGAAUUUGAUAGCGGUGAAGACAAUUCUGCUCAGCUUCUUGCUGCUGCUAAUGCUGCCAAUAAUGCUCAAGCCAUCAUUACUGUUCUCCUAGAAGAUUAUGGAAGUAUUUUCGAUGAAGAAAAUAUUCAAAGAUGUUCCAUUUCAACGGAAUCGCAUAUUGGUAAUAGUGGACCUGAUGAUUCUAGUGAUGAUGACAACAACUCAAAAAGUGAAUAUCAUAAUGCAGAGAAUGAAGUAGAACCAGUGACAGAUGAUGAUAACGAGCGUGCAUUGAGUGAAAAAAUGAGUGAGAGCAGCGGAGGCAGAAGCAGCGAUCUCUAUGAAUACAAGGGAUUUGUUGCUGAUGAUUCUGAUAAUGAAUCACCUAGAGAGAUAAGUGGUCCAAUACGUAAUUCAAACGUACGAACAGAUCAUGUUGUGAGAAAUCUUUUCAGCAACUCCACGGAUCAACAAGCUGGAGAGCAGAUAGGUGAUGAUCCAACAAAAUAUGGAGGAAACUCAUGUCUAGUAAAUGGCGGCGAGUCUUUUCAAUCAGGGAAGGUACUAAAUGUACUCACUCAUGGAAAUACUUUGGCUGCUCCUGGUCUUGAAUCAUCUAGUGAGAAGCCCGUGAAUAAGGGCACACCCUCCUCUGUUCCUGCAAAGCGUGCAACAUUCUGGGGUCGUGGCAGUGCCAGAAAGAGAUCUACAGAUGGAUCGUUUGAUUCUUCAGGAGAAGACGAGCUUGCUAUACAGAGACUCGAGGCCACGAAAAAUGAAUUGCGACAACGAAUAGCAAAAGAGGCCAGAGGUAAUGCGAUACUACAGGCUAGCUUGGAGAGAAGGAAGCAAGCACUUCAUGAGCGUCGUUUGUCGCUUGAACAAGACGUGUCAAGAUUACAAGAGCAGUUGCAAGCGGAAAGAGAUCUCCGAGCAGCACUGGAGGUUGGUUUGAGCAUGUCCUCUGGACAAUUCAGCUCACAUGGUGUGGAUUCGAAAACAAGGGCUGAGCUUGAGGAAAUUGCUCUUGCUGAGGCUGAUGUGGCAAGGCUGAAGCAGAAAGUCGCAGAACUUCACCAUCAGCUUAGCCAACAACGUCAGACUAACUUCGGUUCUUUCUCAGAGGCGCGUGAUAAUCAUCAGUAUCUCCAGAAUCACAAUCCUCAAAAAAGGUUCCUUCAACAAGAUUUCGAUUCCACUCUCGCCUUUGUAAAUCAUGAAAGGAAACAACGACACGAGGAGAAUUCUCUGGGAGGGGAGUGGAGAAAUAGUAAAGGAGCAGGAUCUUUUGGUGUUGGCAAUAGCAGACAACCGUCUCGUAAGCAAAUACAAGAAUCAACUAACAUGGUCGACUCUAAAAGCAGUGAAGAUUCUCCAUCUGUUCCGUCGACUUCAAGAGCAUUAGAUAUAACAGAGUACGCAAGGCCUAAUCAUCCGUCAGCAGCUGCAUCAGCAGCUCUGGUGGAGUUAACAACUCGUCUUGAUUUCUUCAAGGAGAGACGUUCGCAGCUAAUGGAGCAGCUCCAUAGCUUGGAUCUUAACUAUGGCGGCUCUUCUUCUUCUUCUCAAGAUUUCAUACACAGGCCAUCUUCUCCAACUUGGAACUAACAUUUUAUGAGAAUAAUAAAGCAUCUGUUUGCUUUGUAUAUGUUUUUGGUGAUUGAUUAAUGAUGUGUAGCUUUUGCUCUGCUUGAAGACAAGAAUGACCUCAUUGUGUAUAUAAUACUUAAUUUUGUUCUGUAUUGUAAUACUCAAUAUUUUUUUUGUUUUGUUUUAUGUGAGGUUGGUUAUGUUUAUAAAUUCCAAUUGUAAAUCUCUCUUUUUCGUAUUG